AUGGCCUCCGAUGAUAUAGGGGGACUGAAAGAGAAGCAGGUUGCUGGAAGUUCCUCAAACGCUUGAAGACUCGCUACGUCACCCUGGCAGGAAACCAGCUCCUCUUCCGAAGGGAAAUCAGUAUGUUCCCUUUUCACCUUAGACGUUAAUUAGGUGUGACUGCCAAGCAAAGUCCGACUUUAUUUACAUGCUUUGUCAACUUCUUCUUGUUCUUCUCUGCCAACCUACUCCUCUUACAUACACUGUUUAAGCUAGAAAACACAAAACCCACAUUCAAACUUUAAAAUAAAAUGUUGCAUACUGGUCUGGAAUACUUUGCUUGCAUACAACUUUUUGAUAUUAUUAAUCUUUUUAAAACUAUUCAAAAUUGUCUUUCUUUUGUCCUCUUCAUUCACUUAUAAUGGCGCUUUUUUUUCAUUUUUCAACCUUCUAAGCUCCCCAUUGUUGCAUCAUCACUUCCAACAUUCCUGUAAACAAUGUACUUUUGACAUAUCAGCUACAGUGCCUUCGAAAACUAUUCACCCCCUUGACUUUUUCCACAUUUUGUUAAUUACAACAAGCCUUAUUCUAAAAUGGAUUAAAAAAUUAAUAAAUCCCAUGCAUCUACACACAAUACCCAUAUGAAAAGCAAAAACUGGUUUUUAAAAAAUGUGGUGCACAUUUAUUACAAAUAAAAACGGAAAUAUCAUCCACAUUUCAUAAUAUUCAGAACCCUUUAUCAGUACUACUCUUUGUUGAAGUACCUUUAUCCAGCAAUUACAGCCUCGAGUCUUCUUGGGUAGGACGCUACAAGCUUGGCACAAACAAACCUGUAUUGUGGAGUUUCUCCCUUCCUUCUUCUGCGAUCCUUUCAAGCCUGUCAAUUGUUGGAUGGUAUCAUUGCUGCACAGCUAGUGCCGGUCCUCCUCCAGAGAUGUUCGAUCCGGGUUCAAGUCCGCUCUGGCUGGCCACUCAAGACAUUUCAGAGACUUGUCCCGAAGGAGGAACGAAAGAGGGGUGGUUAGUAAAGAUAGAAGAAAGAUGAGGAUAAAAAUGGAACCCCUCCGCCUGGUUGUUUCUUGUCUGCGUGUUUAAGGUUGUUGUCCUGUUGGAAGGUGAACUUCGCCACAGUCUGAGGUGCUGAUUGCUCUGAGCAGGUUUCAAUCAUGAUUCUCUGUAACUUUGCUCAUUCGAUUCUUUGUCCUCAAUCCUGACUAGUCCCCCGUCCCUGCCGCUGAAAAACAUCCCCCCACAGCAUGAUGCUGCCACCACCAUGCUUCUCCGUAGAUGGUCCAGGUUUCCCCAGAUGUGUGCUUGGCAUUCAGGCCCAAAGAGUUCAAUCUUGGUUUCAUUCCAUCAACCAGACCAGAGAAUCUUGGCUUCUCAUGGUCUGAGAGUCUUUAGGUGCCUUUUGGCAAUUCUUCCAAGCGGGCUGUCAGUGCCCUUUUACUGAGGUGUGGCUUCCAUCUGGCCACUCUACCAUAAAGCCUGAAUGUGGAGUGCUGCAGAGAUGGUUGUCCUUCUGGAAGUUUCUCCCAUCUCCACAGCGGAAACUCUAGAGCUCUGUCAGAGGGACCAUCGGAUUCUUGGUCACCUCCCUGACCAAGGCCUUCCUGCCCGUUGCUCAGUUUAGGCCUGGCGGGGGGCCACCUCAUGAAAGUCGUGUUUUUCCAAAGUUCUUCCAUUUAAGAAUGAAUGGUGUUCUUGGGAAUUUCAUGCUGCAGAAAUGUUUUUGGGUACCCUUCCCCAGAUAUGGUGCCUCGACACCAUCCGUCUCAAGCUUUAUAGCGGACAAUUUCCUUCGACCUCCGGCUUGAUUUCUGCUCUGACAUGAUGCACUGUCAACUGUGGGAUCUUAUGUAGACAGUGUUUGCCUUUCCAAAUCAUGUCCAAUUCAAUUGAUUUACCAUACAGGUGGACUCCAAUAAAGUUUAUAAAUAUCUCAAGGAUUGAAUCAAAGAACAGGAGCACCUGAGCUCAAUUUCGAGUCUCAUAGCAAAGGGUCCGAAUACUUAUGUAAAUAGGUAUUUCUAAAAAAUUCUACAACCUGUUUCCCUUUUCUUAUGGGGAUGUGUGUAGAUGCUGAGGAUUUUAUUUUAUUUUAAUCCAUGUUAGAAUAAGGCUGUAUGUAACAAAAUUGGAAAAAGUCAGGGUCUAAUACUUUCCGAAGGUCACUGGUCCUUUGACAACUUUUGUACUUAACUUAGUCAAAAAGUGAGCACAUGAAAUCUUCCUCUACUUCUCUGCUAUUUGAACAAAAUAUAUUUCCCCAUCCAAUAAAAAGUUCUAGGUGUUUGUAGGAGUUUUUAGAGUGACAAAAAAUGGUAAAUGCUAAAUAAAUCCACCAAUAGUAUCUCUUAAAAAAAAAAAACCGUUCAGCUAAAGCACCAAACCAAACCAACUUUCAAAUGUUUCACCGCUAGCCUAACCUUCAAAUUAUAUGUUUUUUUAAAAUCUACUAUCACUAUAUAAUUAUACAUUAAGCAAUAAUAUAACUCUCCACAGUAACUCAAUGAAUCGUUCAAGCUAGAUACAGCAAACCAACUUUAAAUAUGUUCCGGGGUCUCUCCUAACUUUCAUAUACCUUUUUCACUAAUAACCAGCCCCUCCAUUACUAUUGCAGACACUACCACUACUAUAAAAAAAAAUUUUUCAAACUACUUUGCUUUAAAUAGUAAAGCUAAACUUUUUAAAAACUUCUACCUAACACCACGAACAAAAUACUUUUAAAAGAGGUAAAGCAAGUCCCACCAAUUGUACUUCAUGGACAAAUUACCAUCUAUGUUGUUCAAGUCAAAUUUCCCCUCGGGACAAAAGUAUAUCAUAUCAUAUCACAGGGGGACACUAAAAAAGAAAUAUGCCUCCCAUAUCCUGACAAAAGCACUGUUAGUCACUGGCCUUUUCCCUUCCUUAUGUUUUUUCCCUAUUCUACCUUUUUCUUCUUAUUGAUCAUGAUGUGAUGGUGGGUUGAAACAGUGGAGACCCCUCUUGUGACAAGGCCUAACGUCACUCUGGGAAUCCACUAGAGAUGACUGUAAUAACUUUGGCCCCAUAUUGAGCCGUGGGUAAUCAAUGUGAAAACAGGCAGGAGAUAAACAUGUUAACUAGCCAUUAUUACCAAACAGUCACUGCCCUCUCUGUACCCCCCUUGGCUUCAGCAGCGGGGGGAGGCUCAUGCUGGCAUGGUUCCAUGUGGGGUGGUGAAGGGGCACGUAUGGUAACUCAAAUCUGUGUGUGUGUGUGUGUCCGUGCUUGUGUGUGCUUGUUUGUUUGACCAACACAGAGAGUGAGAGUGACAGCGAUAGAAGGAGACUGUGUUUAUCAGUGUAUUGAUUGUCGUUAGCCUGUGGUUAAUUUGUAACAAGAGCAAAGCAUCGGUGUAUUGUGUUUCGUUAGCCUGUGGUUAAUUUGUAACAAGAGCAAAGCAUCGGUGUAUUGUGUUUCGUUAGCCUGUGGUUAAUUUGUAACAUGAGCAAAGCAUCAGUGUAUUGUGUUUCGUUAGCCUGUGGUUAAUUUGUAACAUGAGCAAAGCAUCGGUGUAUUGUGUUUCGUUAGCCUGUGGUUAAUUUGUAACAUGAGCAAAGCAUUGGUGUAUUGUGUUUCGUUAGCCUGUGGUUAAUUUGUAACAUGAGCAAAGCAUUGGUGUAUUGUGUUCCGUUAGCCUGUGGUUAAUUUGUAACAUGAGCAAAGCAUUGGUGUAUUGUGUUUCGUUAGCCUGUGGUUAAUUUGUAACAUGAGCAAAGCUUCGGUGUAUUGUGUUUCGUUAGCCUGUGGUUAAUUUGUAACAUGAGAAAAGCUUCGGUGUAUUGUGUUUCGUUAGCCUGUGGUUAAUUUGUAACAUGAGCAAAGCAUUGGUGUAUUGUGUUUCGUUAGCCUGUGGUUAAUUUGUAACAUGAGCAAAGCAUCAGUGUAUUGUGUUUCGUUAGCCUGUGGUUAAUUUGUAACAUGAGCAAAGCAUCAGUGUAUUGUGUUUCGUUAGCCUGUGGUUAAUUUGUAACAUGAGCAAAGCAUUGGUGUAUUGUGUUUCGUUAGCCUGUGGCAGGUUGACACAUGAUAUGUUUAUCGCCAGGUGUUAAACACAUAAGGAGGGAGAGUACACAGAACAUUGGCAUAGGUUAAGGCCUAUUGGGCUGUUCCUGUGAAUAUAGACCAGACUAAAGAAGAGAGGAAAGGGGUAUUCUAUCAACAAUUAUUCAGCCAUUCCUCCUUUUUUUCAAUCAUCAUGUCUUCCUGUAUUUUUUUUUAUUUUUUUUUGUCGUUCCAAGAGCUCAGUUGCUUGGAGCCGGGUGCUUGAAUUAAUUAGAGUUAUGGGUUUGAUUCCCACUUGGGCUACAUACACUGCAUAAACAGGUAUCAACAGUGAGUGGAUGUGGAUCACAGCUAAUUGAGCGUUAUAGUGUUUUGUUUUGUCUCUCCAGUGGUGAACGAGGAUGGCCAGCCGAUGAUAGAGGGGGAACUGAAGGAGAAGCAGGUUCGCUGGAAGUUCAUCAAACGCUGGAAGACUCGCUACUUCACCCUGGCAGGAAACCAGCUCCUCUUCCGGAAGGGAAAAUCAGUAUGUAUCCCCACUUAGACUUUAAUUAGGUGUGACUUGCGAAGCAAAAGUCCAGACUUUACAUCUUUGUCAUACUUCUUCUUCUUCUUCUGCAACCUACUCCUCUUACACUGUUUAAGCUAGAAACGCCAUUCAAACUUUAAAAUGUGCAGACUGGUCUGGAAUAAUUUGCUUGCAUACAACUUUUUGAUAUUAUUAAUACUUUUUAAACUAUUCAAAAUUGUCUUUCCUUUUGUCCAUCUUCAUUCACUUUAAUGGGACUUUUUUUAACAUUCCAAAGCUCCCCAUUGUGACAUCAUCACUUCCAACAUUCACUGUAAACAAUGUAACUUUUGACAUAUCAGCUACAGUGCCUUCGGAAACUAUUCACACCCCUUGACUUUUUCCACAUUUUGUUACAUUACAGCCUUAUUCUAAAAUGGAUUAAAAAAAAAAUAAUCCCAUCAAUCUACACACAAUACCCCAUAAUGACAAAGCAAAAACAGGUUUUUAAAAAUGUGUGCACAUUUAUUACAAAUAAAAAAACGGAAAUAUCACAUUUACAUAAGUAUUCAGACCCUUUACUCAGUACUUUGUUGAAGUACCUUUAGCAGCAAUUACAGCCUCGAGUCUUCUUGGGUAGGACGCUACAAGCUUGGCACACCUGUAUUUGUGGAGUUUCUCCCAUUCUUCUCUGCAGAUCCUUUCAAGCUCUGUCAGGUUGGAUGGGGAGCAUUGCUGCACAGCUAGUGCAGGUCUCUCCAGAGAUGUUCGAUCGGGUUCAAGUCCAGGCUUUGGCUGGGCCACUCAAGGACAUUCAGAGACUUGUUCCGAAGCCACUCCUGCGUUGUCUUGGCUGAGUGCUUAGGGUUGUUGUCCUGUUGGAAGGUGAACCUUCACCACAGUCUGAGGUCCUGAGUGCUCUGGAGCAGGUGUUCAUCAAGGAUCUCUCUGUACUUUGCUCCAUUCAUCUUUGCCUCAAUCCUGACUAGUCUCCCAGUCCCUGCCGCUGAAAAACAUCCCCACAGCAUGAUGCUGCCACCACCUUGCUUCACCGUGUGGAUGGUGCCAGGUUUCCUCCAGAUGUGAUGCUUGGCAUUCAGGCCAAAGAGUUCAAUCUUGGUUUCAUCAGACCAGAUAAUCUUGCUUCUCAUGGUCUGAGAGUCUUUAGGUGCCUUUUGGCAAUCUCCAAGCGGGCUGUCAUGUGCCUUUUACUGAGGUGUGGCUUCCAUCUGGCCACUCUACCAUAAAGGCCUGAAUGGUGGAGUGCUGCAGAGAUGGUUGUCCUUCUGGAAGGUUCUCCCAUCUCCACAGAGGAACUCUAGAGCUCUGUCAGAGCGACCAUCGGGUUCUUGGUCACCUCCCUGACCAAGGCCCUUCUCCCCCGAUUGCUCAGUUUAGCCGGGCGGCCAGCUCUAGGGAGAGUCUUAGUGGUUCCAAACUUCUUCCAUUUAAGAAUGAUGGAGGCCACUGUGUUCUUGGGGAUCUUCAAUGCUGCAGAAAUGUUUUGGUACCCUUCCCCAGAUCUGUGCCUCGACACAAUCCUGUCUCAGAGCUCUACGGACAAUUCCUUCGACCUCACGGCUUGAUUUUUGCUCUGACAUGCACUGUCAACUGCGGAUCUUAUGUAGACAGGUGUGUGCCUUUCCAAAUCAUGUCCAAUCAAUUGAAUUUACCACAGGUGGACUCCAAUAAAGUUGUAGAAACAUCUCAAGGAUGAUCAAAGGAAACAGGAUGCACCUGUGCUCAAUUUCGAGUCUCAUAGCGAAGGGUCUGAAUACUUAUGUAAAUAAGGUAUUUCAAAAAAAUUCUAAAAACCUGUUUUCACUUUGUCAUUAUGGGGAAUUGUGUGUAGAUUGCUGAGGAUUUUUUUUAUUUAAUCCAUGUUAGAAUAAGGCUGUAACGUAACAAAAUGUGGAAAAAGUCAAGGGGUCUGAAUACUUUCCGAAGGCACUGUACUUUGACCACUUUGUAAUCAACUUAGUCAAAAAGUUUGAGCAUAUGAAAUCUUCCUCUACUUCUCUGCUAUUUGAACAAAAAUAUAUUCCACCAAUAAAAAGUUAUAGGUGUUUGUAGGAGUUUAGAGUGACAAAAAAUGUAAAAUGCAUAAAAUAACUCACCAAUAGUAACUCUUAAACCGUUCAAGCUACAUACACCAAACAAACUUUCACAUCUUCAAGCUAUCCUAACUUCUAAUUUUUUAAAGCUUUUAUAAACUAUAACUAUAGACAUUUGCAUAAAAUAACUCACCAACAUUUAAUUAUUGAACCUUUCAAGCUAAAGACACCAAACCAACUUUCAAAUGUUCACGCUAUCCUAACUUCAAAUUAUAUGUUUUUUAAAAUCUACUAUCACUAUAUAAAUUAGUACAUUAGCAUAAUAUAACUCUCCAACAGUAACUCAUGAAUCGUUCAAGCUAGAUACAGAAAACCAACUUUAAUAUGUUUGGGCUAUCCUAACUUUUCAUAUACCUACUUUUUCAACUAUAACCAGUCACCUCCAUUACUAUUGCAGACACUACCACUACUAUAACAUUUUUCAAACUACUUUGCUUUAAAUAGUAAAGUAAUACUUUUAAAGAGGUAAAGCAAGUCCCACCAAUUGUACUUCAUGGACAAUUACCAUCUAGUUGUUCAAGUCAAAUUUCCCCUCGGGACAAUAAAGUAUAUCAUAUCAUAUACACAGGGGGACACUAAAAAAGAAAUAUGCCUCCCCAUAUCCUGACAGCACUGUUAGUCACUGGACUCCCUGUCCUUAUGUGUUUUCCUAUUCUACCUUUUCUUCUUAAUUGAAUCAUGAUGUGAUGUUGGGUGAAACAGUGGAGACCCCAUCUUGUGACAAGGCCUAACGUCACUCUGGGGAAUCCACUAGAGAUGACUGUAAUAACUUUGGCCCCAGUAUUGAGCCUUGGGGGACGCCCAAGGUCAGAGUAUGAUGCUGCAACUUCUUGAGUCAUUCUUCCCUUUAAUAACUCAGUAUAAAAAUCGACACUCAGACGUAGCAGCAAAAAACUAAUGAAAACCAGAGAGGAAGGAAGGAGAUGAUGCUGGCAGUGUGUGUGUUUGUGUGCAUGUGUCCAUGCAUGCUUUUGUUUGUUUGUGUGUGUGUGUGUGUGUGUGUGUGUGUGUGUGUGUGUGUGUACCUGUGUGUGUGUGUGUGUGUGUGUGUGUGUGUGUGUGUACCUGUGUGUGUGUGUGUGUGUGUGUGUGUGUGUGUGUGUGUGUGUGUGUGUGUGUGUGUGUGUGUGUGUGUGUGUGUGUGUGUGUGUGUGUGUGCCUGUGUGUUUGUGAUGAGGAAACCACUGUGUUUUAACGAUACAAAUCCCUCCAACUAAUUUGUGUUUGAUUCGGACUUACAUUGAGGCCAAACUUGGCGUAAGGUUUACAGCAGAAAUAAUACUAAUUGUGCAUUGAGAAACAUUGAGAAAACAAGACAGUAAGAAAACGUGUUGAGGUCACGUAGUCAUCAGAAAGCCCAUGAGUCAUCACCAUGUGCCAUUCAAAGUGAAACACUCAACUUUAUUAUAAUGUAAAUAAAUAUAGUAUUCAUUCAACUUGAGUCACAAUGUAAUUAGAGCUGAUCUGUUUUAUCGUGCUGUUGGUGUGUAGUGUAGUGUAGUGUUGGUGUGUGUGUGUAGUGUUGGUGUGUGUGUAGUGUUGGUGUGUGUUUUAGUGUUGGUGUGUGUGUGUAGUGUUGGUGUGUGUGUAGUGGUGGUGUGUGUGUGUGUAGUGUGUGUGUGUGUGUCAUUGAGCAGGGAUUAGAUGAGAGACCUUAUUGUUAGUCAAUGCCAUGUUGUGGAGAGGGAGAGAGGGAGAGAGGGAGAGGGAGAGAGAGAGAGAGAGAGAGAGCGAGAGAGAGAGAGAGAAGAUUUUCUGACUUCUUAAAUUCUAAACUCUGGUUUUGUAUUCCCCAGCCUUUGCCAAAUAUUGAGAAAUUGGGAAAUAUUUUCAGAUUGUUGAAAGGAUAAGUCAAAUGACCCAAGACACUCUUCUUUGUAUUGUAACCAACAGUCCCCCCUCACCACAGCUGUUUAAAGCCACACAUUGGACCUCCUCUUUGUCUCUUGUUCUCUGAGCUCAAUCUUGCAGUGCCAAUGAAUCAGUUCCAAAUCAACCCAUAACCUAUAUCACUAACCUAUAUCACUAACCUAUAUCACUAACCUAUACCCCUAACCUAUACCCCUAACCUAUACCACUAACCUAUACCACUAACCUAUACCCCUAACCUAUACCACUAACCUAUACCCCUAACCUAUACCACUAGGCAUUUCUGUCGGUCUGAAAGGAUUUGAUACAGCGAGAGACAGACAGACAGACAGACAGACAGGUGAGACAAGCUCAUAAUAAGUCACCUCAGACCAACCUCACCUGGAUGAUUAUUCAUGAACUUUGGCACCGUUCCAUUUCAGCAUUUCACCUAACCGUUUCCCCAAAGCCGAGCCAUCAUCAUACUGCUUUUAUUGAACCAAUCCUUAGGACACACACGCAAUAGGAACUAGUGGAGUGGAGAGGGGACAAGGAGUACAUUAACUUCUCCUUUAAUCUGUGUGAAUACAUGAGUAGCUUAACCACUGUAGCUAACAGAGGGCAGACCCUCCACACAGACAGCCAGGGAGGGAAGGAUGUGUGCAAGUCUAUGGAUAUUAACGCUUGCCGUCACACACACACACACACACACACACACACACAGGCUACAGAACUAUAGCCGGCCAGUGGGGGCUCUUAGGAUGUCUAUGGAGAAUAUCAUCUAGCCUAGCGCUCGCUAUGUGACCCUAUGGUCCGUAAGGUUAUGACUGUGGUGUAUCACACGCAGAUACAUACACACACACACACACACACAUUCCAGAGUCAUCCUGACGUGAGAGAUAACAGUGUAUUACACGAGUCAGAGAGAUGUAGCGGUAUUAAGGGGUAGAGCAUUAGAGACAGUGCUGAUGCGCUCAAGGAUUUCAUUUCCUCCCUUAUAUAAGGACCAAGGCAAUAAAACGCCCUCUUCUCUUACUGCUUACUGCAGGAAAUCUUUGCAAGAGGACCGUAAAAGCUGAUGUUUUGUGGUAAUGUACUGUCGUUACAAAUCCUAGCAAACUUUUAUUUUGUCACUGAAAUAUGUGGCAUUAAGCAACAGGUCGUCUACAACAGCCCCAAGGCAGCUGUUCAACAGUAAAACAUGGCAGUGUCGCAAUGUUGAAUGUUAAUUUUAUAAAUGUGCCUGGCAUGGUUUAAGUGGGUCUCUUUCCAUUACAAAAAAAGGCCAUUCAUCAUGCAGAGUGGUGAUAGUGAAACAACAUCAAAAGGACAAUAAAAUUGGAUUGUCGCUCCAAAAGGUGUAUUUAUAACUAUUUAGUCAUGUAUAACUUAAAUCUCCCCAUGUUGCUGAAAGGUUUAUCUCUGUCCUGUCUUGUCUGCUACAGAAGGAUGAGCUAGAUGACAGCACCAUCGAGCUGAGCAAAGUGCAGAGCGUCAAGGUGGGUGAACUUCAAGUCCAUUCAUGUAACAACAAUUCAUACCCUUUGUCCACUUCUGAUAACCCUCUCGCCUGUCUGGCUGUGUGUGUCCAGGUGGUGGCUAAGAAGCGGCGUGAGCGGGGUCUCCCUCGGGCCUUUGAGAUCUUCACGGACAGUAAAACAUAUGUCCUGAAGGCUCGUGAUGAGAAGCAUGCUGAGGAGUGGCUCCAGUGUAUUAAUGUUGCCGUGGCCCAGGCCAGAGAGAGAGAGAACAGAGAGGCCACCACCUAC